GUCGGUGUGUCGAUCACUUCCAGUUUGUCCGUCGAAGCCGCCAGUUGUUGCUGUGGUCGUCGUGUCGUCGCCAGCGAAACGUGCGUCGCGUCGGUCGCGCCAUAUGAGAGAGCGUUCGUUCAGAUACAAAUAUAUAUCUACGUGUGUCAGUGUGUGUGUGAGUGUCUCUGAAAGCGAAAACUGGCGCUCAAGUUCAGUCAGCGAUUUGUCGAUUUCUAUGCAAAUUAUUACUCGGAAAAGAAACACAUAAAUAUAUAAUACGAAGUCGGGAGUCAGAGUCAGAGGAAGGAAAAAAAUAGCGUGCUAUUUUUAUUUCGCUAAAUGUCGACUUGAGACUCACGUCGUCAGAUUCAGAGACAGAGCUAGAGCCAGAGACAGAGUCGAGAGACUGUAACCCGAGUCGCUGUCCACGACUGAUGAAAAAAAAUAAUAAGAAAUAAAGCAGAAAAAACAGAAAAACGCGGAGAAGCACAGAAAAACAGACAAACAGAAAACAGAUUGUAUCUGUAUCUAUAGUCGCGACCCGCGGCCCGUUUGGUGUGUGUACUUGUACAUUAGUGCGGCGGCGGCUUCAUCUGUAUCUGUAUCUGUGUCGGUAUCGCGGAGGCGCAGGCGGCGGCAAAGCGCCAAAAGUAAUCGUAAACUAGAGGGAACUAAGGAAAAAUAAAUAAAUAAAAAGUUGCGCCGCUCUUCAGGCUCGCCUCCUGCAUCUCCUCCUCGUCAAAGGGAUCUGAAAGAUAGGAGCUAUCCGCGAAUUGUGUUAUUUGUGUCGCUCUACAUCUCCCUGUGAAGUGAAGUUUCGCCAGAGUCAGGGCUGGAAAUGUAAGAGGAUCCACGAUCAAGCAUUAAAAGUCGACCAGCGAUCAACGAUCAUCUAGAUUAUAAAGCAUCAUCUACUGGUAGCCAUGGCAUACCAUGGAGCCGUUUUCAUACUUAAUGCCUUCGAGCAGAGUUACUACAACCGCAUGAAGGAGUUCGAGCGCCUGGCCGCCGCCGCAGCAGCUCUCGCAUCCUCCACUGACUCCUCCCCCUCGGCAUCCUCCUCGUCGAGUGACCCGUCGACAUCUUCAACCUCCUCAUCCACGGCCAGCUCUCCCACAUCGGCGGCGAGGGAAGUGGCCCAGGCCGCAGCCGCUCUGGCGGCCACUAAAAGGCUUGCCGCUUAUCAUGGCCAUGCGCAGGGAAAGGGACCGGGCCAGGGGGAGUUUCCUGUCCAGUCUGGGAUGUUCUAUCAGCAGCAGCAGCAUCGCCAGCAACUGGAACAGCUGCACCAGCAGCAUCAACAGCAUCAGCUACAGGCGGUAGCCGCUAAUCAGCAGCAGCCCCAGCCCACGUCCGCGGACGCCAGCGCCUCCAAUAUGGCCAACAGCCUGCUGUGGCAGCCCUGGCGAGAUCUCCAGCAGGCAGCAGCGAUGCACCAUCAGCUCUACAAGCAACAACAACAGCAGCAGUUGCAGUUGCACAAAGAGAUGCGAGUGACGUCAAAGGAGCUGCCAACCACCAAAUGGAGGCGCGAGCGCCGCCAGCGUACCGCCGAGUACCAGGUUCAUGAUGCCGGCAGCAGCGACCGGGAGCGUGAUCGGGAGGAGCGUGAUAUGGACAGCCCCAUUGACAUGUCGCUGACGUCGGGGUCGGGGUCGGGGGCACUGAAGCUUCACCAGAAUCGGGCCUCGCCGCCGCCGCCAUACCGCGAGCCACUGCCGGGGACCAACUAUGCUGCCAACAGCCGACCCAGCGUCAUCACCCAAGCACCACCAAAGCGGGAGGUGCCAGAGCCGGCCCACUCCACAGAGAACAUGGCCAUGUGCGACAUUGAUGAGCACUUCCGCCGCUCGCUGGGCAAGGACUAUGCGGCCCUCUUUGCCAAGAAGUCGCCAACGCCCACACCCACGCCCACGCCCUCGCCAUGUGGAACGCCCAUGCAGCAGAUAUCGCCCCUGGCCUAUGGACCGACAGCAGCAGGAGCUGGAGCAGGAACAGGGGCUGCAGCUGCGCCUCUUCUCUAUCAGCAACAUCGCUCGCCACUGCAUAAGUCGGGCCUGGCCAUGAUGCAUUCGCCGACGCUGCGAUCGGAGCCAGAUUCGCCGCAGCUGGAGUUGCCGCCGCCGCAGGAGGAACCUCUGCCGCUCUCACUGCAUCGUUCCCCGACUCCACCGUCGACGUCACCAUUGCAACCGUCACAGCCACCACAGCCGCCACAAACGUCUGCAUCUGCUACCAGCCAGGCACUGGACACAUCCGUGAAUGCCAAGCGAGCACUGGACACACUGCAUCACACGCCGCCCAGGUACAACACGCCGCCGCCGCCCCCAGCGUACGGCAGCGUCCCAGCCUCUACGCCAACGCCAACGCCGACUUCAACUCCAACACCGACCCCGACGCCAACGCCAGUCCAGAUUCCCACCCCCAGUAGCACCCCCACGAUGCCGGCGAUCAUACGCGUGAAGGCCGAGCCGGGUCUGGCAGCUGUGGCCGCCUCCUCGACGCAGACGCCACCUGCCUCGCCCACCUCGUCUACGAACAUUUCGAUAUUCACCAAGACUGAAGCCUCCGUCGACGAUCACUUUGCAAAGGCGCUGGGCGAGACCUGGAAGAAGCUCCAGGGUGGCCACAAAGAUUAGGAAUCGGAGGAAGAUGAGGACGAGGAGGAGGAGCAGCGACCACGCACCGAUCCCAAUCCGAUCUAUUCCGAUCCGAUCCUCACCCAGAUCCAACUCAAGAGCUGUUUUUUUAUUAUAAAUAUUUCAAAACUACACAAUUAACGUUUAAAGAUCUCAUGACGAUGUGAAAGGAAAUUCUUCAACUGCGAGCGUAUUACAGUAUGUUUCUGAUAUUGAAUAUUGAUAGCGGUUAUGUACGGAUAUAUAUAUAUAUAUAUAUAUAAAAACAUAUAUAAUGAUUUAUAAUGAUACGGAUGAUUGAUAUAUGGAAUAUGAUUUACGAUGAUCUAUGAUCUACAAUAUGAUUUAUGUGUAUGGCAAACUGUGUAUACGUACAAGUGACAAAAUUUGGUAUUCUUAAUGCUUAGUUGGUAAAGACUAAUCCUUAAUAAUAUACACCUAUUACAAUUAAGUGAAAAUCCUACAAAUAAUAUAUAUAUUAUUGCUUACAAAUCC